AUGUCCAGCAAUACAACCCCCUCACAGCAGCUGAAAGAUGAGGUCAAGGCUGUCGAGGCCAAGGCUGUCAACCAGACCAUUGUCCAGCUGCGCUCUCUUGUAGCUGGUGCUGCUGGUGGUCUCUGUGCCGUAGUCGUUGGACACCCAUUUGAUCUGGUGAAAGUGCGCCUACAGACGGCCGAGAAGGGCAUUUAUUCCGGUGCAAUGGAUGUGGUCAGGAGGACAGUUGCCCGCGAAGGAUUGGCUCGAGGAUUGUAUGCCGGCGUCUCCGCACCCCUCGUUGGAGUUACUCCUAUGUUUGCCGUCAGCUUUUGGGGUUAUGAUGUGGGCAAGACCCUCGUGAACAAAUUCUCCGUUGUCCCAGUUAAGCACGAUACCCCGCAGUAUUCCAUCGCACAGAUCUCAGCUGCGGGUUUCUUCUCCGCCAUCCCUAUGACCCUGAUUACCGCUCCUUUUGAGCGUGUCAAGGUCCUCCUUCAAAUCCAAGGCCAGCAGACUCUGGCCCCGGGUGAGAAGCCCAAGUACUCUGGUGGUACGGACGUCGUGCGCCAGCUGUACAAGGAGGGUGGCAUUCGCAGUGUAUUCCGUGGUAGUGCCAUGACGCUGGCUCGUGAUGGACCUGGCUCGGCGGCUUACUUUGCGGCUUAUGAAUACAUUAAGCGUUCUUUGACUCCCAAGGACGCGGAUGGCAAUGUGACGGGCGAGCUGUCUCUCUCUGCCGUCGUGUGUGCCGGUGGUGCUGCCGGUAUUGCCAUGUGGAUUCCUGUCUUCCCUGUCGACACCGUCAAGUCGCGCCUGCAGAGUGCACCGGGCAAGCCCACCAUGGGUGGCGUUAUCCGCUCGGUUUACGCUAGCGGCGGUUUCAAGGCCUUCUUCCCUGGAUUUGGACCGGCUCUUGCCCGUGCUGUGCCUGCCAAUGCCGCCACUUUCCUUGGUGUCGAACUUGCACACAAGGGCAUGAAGAAGCUCUUUGAUUAG